AUGGAGACGCACCGACCCCCUCCACGAAAACACUCCAUCUCCUUCUGGCUCGUCUUCCUAUCGCUCUGCCUCCUCUCCUUUGUGUCCGCUUUAGACGGCGCAAUCAUCAGCACCGCUCUCCCCAAAGUAACCGCCUCUCUCGGCGGCGAAACCGACUAUAUCUGGAUAGCCAACAGCUUCACCAUCGUCCAAACAAUCGUACAACCCUUUCUCGCCCAACUCUGCGACAUCUACGGCCGACGCAACCCCAUCCUAAUCUCAGUGGCCCUAUUCCUCCUGGGCAGCGGCCUAGCGGGCGGCGCCUCCACAGUGGGCCAGUUGAUCGGCGGUCGCACGGUCCAAGGGCUCGGCUCAGGCGGCAUCUACAUCCUCGUGGACCUAAUCGUAUGCGAUCUGGUCCCCCAGCGCGAACGCGGCCAAUACCUAGGCAUAGUCCUCUCCCUCGCAGCCGUCGGCGCCGUCCUAGGCCCCGUUCUCGGCGGUGCCCUCGCCUAA